AUGACAACCGAUGGACAAGAGCCGUUAGUGACUAGAUUCCUCGGGAUGUCAAACGUACUGCAGGAAGAGCAUCGACCCGAUGUUCAGUGUUCUUCACAAGGAGCCUUGAAGAAAGAUAUGAUGCCCGACCAGUCCCUAGAGCGAGCAGAACCCACUGGGCUACUCUUGCCUGCAACAGGAAAAAAUGGAAGAUUUACUGGCGCCUGCUCUAGUCACUCGACGAUCAACGGGACUACAGAUGAUACAGCUGAAUACUCCGAUUGA